AAGUUAUUCUACACUGAGAUUGAUGAAUUGCAAGCUCAUGGCAUAGGUGUGGCGGAUAUCACAAAGUUGAAAGUGGCAGGUGUUUGUACAGUGAGAGGUGUACAAAUGAUGACCAAGAAAGCCCUUUUAAAGUUGAAGGGUCUGUCUGAAACCAAAGUAGACAAGAUCAAAGAAGCCGCCAUGAAGAUUCAAGCGGGGGGCAAAUGUAGACGUUACUCUCACUUUUUCAUAUCUCUCUUUCUCGUCAACAUACGACAAAAAACAAAGGGGCCAUCUUUUGUCUCUGCUAAAGAAGUAGCUGUUCAGAGAGAAAAAGUGGUCAAAAUUGCAACGGGUAGUAAGCAACUGGAUACUCUUCUUGGAGGUGGUGUCCAAACCAUGUCGCUGACGGAAGCAUUUGGCGAGUAUAGAACGGCGUACAUUGAUACGGAGGGCACUUUUCGCCCUGACCGUAUCAUCUCUAUCGCCGACCGUUUCGGCGUAGACCCUGAGAUUGUAUUGGACAAUAUUGUCGUCGCUCGUGCCUGGAACAGCGAUCAACAAAUGGACCUUAUUAAUGAAUUGGCCGCGCAUUUUGCUGACCAGAAGGGCGCUUAUCGUCUUUUGAUCAUUGAUUCCAUUAUGGCUCUUUUUCGCUGUGAUUAUUCCGGUCGUGGUGAAUUGGCCGAUAGACAACAAAAACUGAAUCAAAUGUUGAGUCGUCUCAUCAAGAUCUCUGAAGAAUAUAAUAUUGCUGUCUUUUUAACCAAUCAAGUCUCUUCUGAUCCUGGAGCCGGUAUGACAUUUGUGGCUGAUCCAAAGAAGCCGGUUGGAGGCCAUGUAUUGGCCCACGCUUCAUCUACACGUAUCUAUCUAAGAAAAGGCCGUGGUGAAGAGCGUGUUGCAAAGUUAUUCGAUUCGCCCGAUAUGCCUGAAAGUGAAGCAUCCUAUGCUAUCAAUAGUGGUGGCAUUGUCGACAUCAGCUUCUAG